AAAAAAAUGACCAAAGAAGAAUUAGAGAAAAUAAGAUCAAAGUUUGAAACAAAAUAUGCAGAUAAUAUAACGAAAGGAUUGUAUGAUAGUCGUGAUUUAGAAUGUAUGAGAAACGAAGAUAGCUUUUUAAAAACCUACGUACGAAAUGAUACACCAGCAGAAGAUCUUCUACAUGAAUCUUUUAAAUGGAGAAAUGAAAUCAAACUUAGAGAUUUAUGCGAAGAUUCUUUUGAUAAAUGGAUCUGGGAUAAGGGAGCAGUUUUUUUUCACAGUAAAGAUAAAGAUGGUCACAGAAUAAUGAAUAUUGUUGUUCGUCACCAUAAAAAAGAUGUUCAUGUAUUACCUAGUAUCAAGAAGUUUUUUGCCUACGCCGUAGAACAGGCAUUUUUAGAAGAUUCUACCAAUAGGAUAGUUGUUAUGUUUGAUAUGUCAGAAACAGGAUUAGCGAACUUGGACAUGGAACUGAUUAAAUAUGUUAUAACUUGUUUUAAAUACUACUAUCCUACAUUCCUAGCAUAUAUGUUGAUUUAUGAAAUGCCUUGGAUUUUUAAUGCUGCAUGGAAAGUUAUUAAAGCCUGGCUCAGUGCCGAUGCUGUAAAAGUUAUAAAAUUUGUAACAAAAUCUGAUGUACAGGAAUUUAUAAAUAGAGAGGAGUUAUUAGAACAUAUGGGAGGUUUAGAUAAAUUUGAGUAUAAAUAUCCAAUAGAGAACGGAAGUGGAGACAGACCAAUAGAAAAUAACCAUUCAACUUCCUUGACAAAUAGAAAAAAGGUGACAUUUGCAGACCAGGACUCUCGACUUUAUAAAAGUAUAAGUAAUGAAAGUAUUUCAUUAGAUACCAACAGUAAUGCCACACUUAAAAAAGUAAGCAUUGAAUAA